UACGCACCGUAGAGAAAUGUUAAUUCAUUUAUGGAACUGUCCCACUUCGCUUACGUCGUAAGAUAAGACUGCUUUCUUUUUAUAAAAUUUAUCUUUUGGAUUCUCGAUUUAUUUAACGGAUUUCUGACAUUAUUCUGAGUUCGACGCUGUUCUGAUUAAUUUAUAAAUAGUUUACGCAGUUUUUCUAUAAAAAACUCGUGAUAAUGAUGCGUUUUAUGACAUUGUAUUUUUGCUCAGUGUCGAAACUAAAAAGUGCAAACAGUUUUUUAUUGAAAAGUUUGUACUCUACUAGUUCUGAUGAUAAAUCUCCUUUAAAUGGGAUUCGAGUGCUGGAUCUCACUAGAAUUAUUGCUGGGCCAUAUUGCACUAUGAUUCUUGGAGAUUUGGGAGCUGAAAUUUUUAAAAUUGAAAAACCUGGUGUUGGGGAUGAGGCUCGUAAAUGGGGUCCUCCUUUUUUCGAGAAUACCAAAGAGUCAACUUAUUUUGCUGCAGUGAAUCGUAAUAAAAAAAGUGUGUGUGUAGACUUAAAGAAAGGAAGAGAUAUAAUUUAUGAGUUAGUCAAAAAAUGUGAUGUUUUGGUUGAAAAUUAUGUGCCUGGCAAACUAUCAGAAAUGGGAUUGAGUUAUGAUCAAAUAAAAGACGUGGCACCUCAUUUAAUAUAUUGUUCACUUACUGGUUAUGGGUAUGAAGGACCAUAUUCCAAAAGGCCUGGUUAUGAUGUUAUAGCAGCUUCCUUAGGUGGUCUAAUGCAUAUUACAGGACCAAAGGAUGGACCUCCAUGUAAAGUUGGUGUAGCAGUAACUGACUUAGCAACAGGAUUGUAUGCUCAUGGUGCAAUCAUGGCAGCUCUUUUACAAAGAAUCAGGACUAACAAGGGCCAAUGGAUUCAAUGUAAUCUUCUAUCAACUCAAGUAGCAAGCCUUAUUAAUAUUGGUUCAAAUUAUCUUAAUGCUGGCAAAGAAGGAUCCAGAUGGGGUUCUGAACAUGAAAGUAUAGUGCCUUAUGAAGCUUUUUCAACCAAAGAUGGUUAUAUGACAAUAGGAGUUGGAAGUGACAAACAAUUUCAAGACUUAAUGAAGAAACUCAAUUUGUUAAGUUUAGCAUUUGAAGAAAAAUUUAAAACUAAUACCAGUAGGGUAAGAAAUAGAGAUGAAUUACUAAAAUUACUGCGAGGAAAAUUUCUGGAGAAGACAAAUGAUGAAUGGAAUAGAAUUUUAGAAGGUUCUUCUUUCCCUUAUGGGCAAAUAAAUAAUAUGAAACAAGUAUUUGAAGAUUCCCAUAUUCAACAUAUAAAAUUAAUUAAAGAAAUAGAUCAUCCUGUUACCAAAAAAAUGAAGGUUGUAGGACCACCUGUUCAAUAUUCAUUUGCAAAAAAUGCCGUACGAUUGCCUCCACCAGUAUUGGGUCAACAUACAACAGAAGUCUUAAAAAAUAUUUUAAAUUACUCUGAUAAAACUUUAGAAAGUUUAAGAAGAAAUAAAAUUAUUGAAUAAUUUUUUUAUCAGGAAAUUAUUUAUAAAAUGUAUUGUUAUUUACAUAUUUUAUAAAGGUUUUGGAAUAAAUUUAUUUUUACUGCAAAUAUUUAUUUCAUUGCAAUACUUGAACUUUUUUGUUGAUGGGACCGUUUCAUUAUGUAAUUAGACAA